UCUUACCAACCAGGUCCUGCAGAGCUGACAGAUGACCACCCAUCAGACUACAGGGGGCUUGUGAUCGCAUCCAGGCUGGAAUUAGCCCAUACUACUCGGCACGGACGAUGAACAGCACUGCUAAGUGCCACGAUGAUCACACCCUGGAUAAAUACCUGUUCCCAUUUGUGUACAGCACUGUGAUGAUCAUCAGCGUUCCCAUCAACUGCAUAUCCCUCUACGCAUCUUGCGUUCAGGUGAGGAAGAAGAAUGAGUUAGCAGUCUACCUCUUCAGCCUGUCCCUGGCUGACCUGCUGUACUCGCUGAUUCUGCCUCUGUGGAUUGACUAUGCCUGGAACGGGGAUAACUGGAGGCUCUCUGCCUUGCUCUGCCAGAUUUCUGCCUUCCUUAUGUACAUGAAUUUCUACACCAGCACCGCGUUCCUCGCUUGCAUCUCUGUUGACAGGUACCUGGCAUUGGUUCACCCCCUGAAGCUCCAGCACUUGCGCACGAGAAGGUUUUCGUUGAUUGUCAGCGUGAUUAUUUGGCUUCUGGAAAGCAUCUCCAAUUCAGUCAUACUGAUGAACAAAGAAGUAUUCAGUGACCCUUGCAAUUUCACUAAUCAUACGUUGUGCUAUGAUAAAUACCCUCUGGAAAGGUGGCAGGCCCAGAUAAAUUUAUUCCGGAUAUGUUCGGGGUACCUGGUGCCUUUGGUAAUCAUUCUGUUCUGCUACCAUAAAAUCUACCAAGUCGUGAGGUCUAAUCAAGCCACAGUAGAUGAAGAAAAGAAAAAAGUCAAGAAACUCAUUCUGAAUAUCACAGUUACUUUCAUUGUUUGCUUCACCCCUUAUCACGUUAUAUUGCUUAUUCGCAGCAUCAAAGAACCUUACACCACUGACCCACAGCUUUUGCAGUUGAUAUAUAAGGUUUAUAGAGUGACCCAGGCCUUGACAAGCUUGAAUUGCGUUGCUGAUCCCAUUCUUUACUGCUUUGUGAGUGAAACGGCGCGAGCAGACAUAAUGAAUCUGCUCAGGUGUUGCUUGUGCCUACGAAAACAUGAGGGAGACCGAGCAAGAGAGCACGCUCUGUGCAGUUCUGCUACGAAGAGCGCGCUGAUCACCUACAGAACCUCCUGUGAAAUGGAGACCAUCAAAAAUGCCUGA